CAGUCUUGGUGAAAUCCUGUCCAUAAUUGAACCUGUUAGUAAACAAAUGGAAAAAGAUAAAAAGAUCAAGGUGGAACCAUACAGAUUUUUUGAUUCAAACAUUUCAGCAAGUCCACAGAAUUUGCUCGCAAGUCCUAAUAUCUAUGACAUGCCUUUUGUCAAGGAGGAUCCAAACGUUCCCAAAGAAGCAAGCAAAGAAGGUGGAAACUGUGCAAGAAGUCAGCAGGCCCAAAAUAUCUGCUUAUGAUGGUGAUGUUGACAGAGUUGGGCCACACGUUGACAUUUAUAUUGCCUUCCACCCUCAACUCCGAAAGCAUAAAGGCAGAAUAAGCAAAAAGGUCCUGAAAGCAAUCAUCUUAAUUCAGGCUGCUGUUAGGGGGUGGCUUGUACGGAGAAGACUGGCAAGAGUAAUCAUCAAGGCUAAAGACCACGGACCAUCUUUUAGAGCUGUUGUAAAUGCAUACCGCAGAAUGGUUGACCGUAUUCAGCGCCGAGCUGGUCUUCGGUAUACAAGAGUAAUUUUAAAUUUUUCAGAGCUAGAAGAAUGGCUAGACAGAAAAAAAUUUUAUGAAGUCAUGUUUGCCAAGAGAGAAUACUAUCAAGGAGUUCCAAUAGAGGAUCUCCCUAAAUAUUUCAGGGACUGUGGUCAUUUUCCAUCCCAAUCGCAUAUUGAAAGCACAUAUACGCUGGUUCAAAAAUUCAAUGAAAUGCCCUCUGAAGAAGUUAAAAAAUCAAAAGCUAUUGAAAUGUUAUUCACUCUGUAUCCUCCGGAAGGUGCCCAUGUGAGUCAUUUUUGGGGCCUAAAAUCAACUUGGACAAGACCCAUAGUAAAUGGAGAAGAAGCAUAUAAGUAUAUAGUUUCUGGACACCCAGUAAUCAAGAAAGCUGACAUUCGGAUUGUUGGAAAAUUAGUAGCCAGAUCCAUGAGAGAGAGGAGAAUGAAAAUACGUUUCAAAUCACCAGAUGAAUAAUCAGGUGAAAGAGUAUCUUUUUUCUUUGAAUUCAUUGAGAUGGAUCGACUUUUUGUGGAGAAAACAACAAUCCUGAUCAUAUUAUGGACAAAUCUGGUGGCUCAAAGAAGAAAAGAACAAGAAAAUCUAAGCAUAGAUCUAAUAGUUUCCCAUAAAAUGUAUGUACCUGCUUUAUCAUACCAAUAAAUGUGAA